AUGGACGUGGUCGCGAGCGCAUCGGUAGUUCCCAGCGUCGUAUCGCCGUCGGUGCCGGCAACGGCGCCAACCGCGGCAGUCGUGGCCGCCGCUUUAGCGUCCCGGUCGCUGCGUGUGCGCACAUCCAGCCAAAGCGGGGGCCGCGAGGCGCUGAGCGAGAUCCAACUCUGCCCGAGCGUCAUGUCGGAAGGGACGCGCAAAAUGCUGCCCCCAACGACGGAAACCAUCCAGACGAAACCGUUUCCGAUACGAGGUGAACGAGCAAACUACGUCAACAGCCCGCAUGUGAUUGCGAUGGUAGGGUUGCCGGCUCGCGGCAAAACGUACAUCUCGAAAAAACUCUCCCGAUACCUCAACUGGAUUGGCAUCAAUACGAAAGUAUUCAAUCUGGGCGAAUACCGUCGGCAUGCCACCGAUGCCUACCGCAGUCACGAAUUUUUCCGACCGGACAACGAAGAAGCGAUGGCCAUCCGGCAGCACUGUGCUGAGCUGGCCCUCGAAGACGUUUGCAACUGGCUAGAGAAUGGCGGCGAAGUGGCGGUGUUUGAUGCAACGAAUUCGACCCGCGAUCGACGUCGGAUGAUUCGCGAGAUUGUGGUAAAGAAGAUGGGCUACAAACUGUUCUUUGUCGAGUCGAUCUGUGACGAUCCGAGCAUCAUCGAGCAGAACAUAAUGGAGGUAAAGGUGAGCAGUCCCGACUACAAAAACAUGAACGUGGAAGAAGCACUGUCCGAUUUUCGGCUGCGCAUCGAACACUACCAGGAGCGGUACGAGUUGCUAAGCGAGGAGCUGGAAAAGGAUCUGUCGUACAUGAAAAUCUACAACACAGGCGAGAAGGUAGUUGUCCACAAGCACGAGGGCCACAUACAGUCGCGUAUCGUGUACUACUUGAUGAACAUUCACAUCACUCCGAGAACGAUCUAUCUGACCAGACACGGUGAAAGUGAGCACAAUCUACAGGGAUUGAUCGGUGGAGACUCGAAUUUGAGUGAACGCGGCCGUCGCUACUCUCAGGCCCUGGCGAAAUACAUCGACGAACAGCAGAUUGAGGGAUUGCGCGUGUGGACGUCGUGGUUGAAGCGCACAAUUCAGACGGUGACGGACGUAAAUGCGCCACAGGAGCGCUGGAAAGCUCUGAACGAGAUCGAUGCUGGUAUCUGCGAAGAGAUGACCUACGAGGACAUACAGCAGCGGUUCCCCGAGGAGUUUAAGGCACGUGACCAGAACAAGUUCGCUUAUCGCUAUCCUCGCGGUGAAAGUUACGAAGAUUUGGUUGUUCGGCUCGAGCCGGUGAUGAUGGAGCUGGAGCGCCAAGGAAACGUGCUCGUUGUGUCCCACCAAGCCGUUCUGCGUUGCGUACUGGCGUACUUCUUGGACAAAUCGGCGGAUGAGCUGCCAUAUUUGAAAGUGCCUCUACACACGAUCAUCAAGCUAACACCGGUCGCGUACGGCUGCAAAGUGGAACACAUUCAACUGCCGAUCCACGCCGUCGACACGCACCGCGGUAGACCAGAGAACGAGCAGGAUCUGGACGAUUCCUUCGACAGCACCGUAGGAGGUAGCCCGCCGAACGAAAAGCAGAUCAUUCUUAACGGCACGAACGGCGAAUGUCGCUUCUUUCCCAACAGUUCAUAACCAACCAUCUAAAACAUGCCUUGAAUAGCAGUGUCCCAAUGGCCACGUUCGCUCCAAAAGGUACCGGGCCAGCUGGAUCCAAAGUUUUUAGGGAAACCGGAACCAUGUCCGACCGAAAAGAAGUAAUCAUUCAUCCUGCGCUCCUCCAGGAGGAUAGACAAGAAGGAGUAUGUAAAGGAUCAUAUUGCCCCGUCAAACGGAUCGACCAAGAACAACUCCGCCGCGCUGCUGCUGCUACGGUUGUAACUUUUCGCGCAUUUCGUUAGUUCCGAUUUCAGUGCCGAACCCACAGCGUCAAUGAUCCUGGGGAUCAGUCUUAUGGCAUGUCCAUCGUACCCAGCUUGUGGUCCUCAGCUGAUCUUUUACCACCCAACCAUCGGUGUGUUUGUGUGCGUAUCCUCUCGAUCAUUAGAGGCAGUAACUUAAAUUACAUAAACAUCCCGAUUACGCACCGCGUUGUUGAGAGAGGGACAAAAUAUUCAUAACAAAUAUGUAAAUAAUAUUACAACAAUGCUCCUGUUUUUUUAUUCUAUGUCCGUUUUAACAUUUGUCCUACUUUUUCGCAUGAGGCAUGAGUACUCCUCGUGCUCGAGACAUCCCGUACGGUUAAGUUAGCAUUUUUUAUGUCAUAAGAAACCCCGGAAGGAUGAAAAAACUAUAGUUAACCUCCCAAAACAAACACUGGGGGUAAAGUCCCGUUUACUACCGCUUACUUCUAGAAAAAAAUUUCCAUAGUUUCAUUAAUAAAAUCUGAAUAAGAAAUAGAAACGAUCGGUACAUUUACUAUGAGUUAUGUAGAUCAGUAAUACAAAACGGUAGACUAGCAAUCAGAAUAAAAACACCAUGCAAAUGACUUCCAAGCAGGAUGAGAUAUCUCGACUGUUAGUGGCCAAUUGAUAUGGAUUGUAUAUGACAUAGCUAAAACAAAAUGAUCAACCAAACAGGUGGAAAAGAGCCACACAUAGCCAUCUGGUUGAAUUAGGGUGAAAAUACGAACAAACAGGAAUAUGAUGUUUAGCAGACUGGAAAUACUUUGUCUAAUUAUUUGCGAAAGGAAAGUAGUGGACGAAGAAAGGUAAGUUUCGAUUGGCGCCUAUUUCGUAUUGUUUUCGCAUCACUUGUACCUAAUUUGCCCGUAAACUUUGUUUAAGCAAACUUAAAUAUUAUACUGAUAGCGAUUUGAUUUUCUCUCCAUUCGCCCUCCGAAAUUGGCUGAACACGAGCAGCAGAUGUUCGCUGUAGGAUUGUGCACCGAUUUGAUCGUACCGUUUCUCGACUAAAUUGCUGC